AUGGUUCCUAUUCUUGUUAGAGACAUAAGUACUAUCUCUAUAGGAAAGAUGUUGUUAUUGGUUCAAGGAGUUGGGCUGCAAUGGAGCAUUCCAGAUGACAAUAUUAUGGAGUCGAUCCGACAAGUGGUGCCAAAGGACAUCCCUGAGCCUGCCUUUGAUGUUGCACAUGAAGAGCAUUGUUGGAUUAUAGAUUCGAUGGCUGGGGUGAAACAACGUCUGGGGAUGGACCAUCCACCUUUUCUUCAGGCGGUUCCUACUGUUCCACCCCCUCCUUAA